GAAGGUGGAAAAUCUAUCACGCAGUGCAACGAGGAAAACUUUGAAUACGAAACUCGAAUCGCAGCUAAAAAAACAGAAUAUCCGGAACAGAUUGCUAUGAUGGAGGUCGAGAAACCGAGAGAAAACAUUUAUAUGUUCGUUCCGAACAUUAUCGGUUACGCACGAAUUGUGCUGGCGAUUAUUUCCUUUUACUACAUGCCGACGAACUACGUGAUUGCAAGUUGGUGUUACAUUAUUAGCGUCCUGCUGGACGCUCUCGAUGGACAUGCGGCGCGGCAUUUUAAUCAAUCGACCAAAUUCGGAGCAAUGCUCGAUCAGCUCACCGACCGCUGUGGUACUUGUGGGUUGCUCGUUACGCUGAGUUACUUCUAUCCGAAGUACAUGUUCUGGUUCCAACUGUCGAUGGCAAUCGAUGUUGCAUGCCAUUGGUUUUAUCUGCACACGACCGUUUUGCAGGGCAAGACCUCCCAUAAGUUCAUUGACAUGUCCGGUAAUCCCAUUAUGCGUGUUUACUACACCAACCGGGCCGUGCUGGGCUUAAUGUGUCUGUUCAACGAACUGUUCUAUUCGUCGCUGUAUUUACUACAUUUUACGCCUGGUCCACUGAUUUUCGGCAUCUCGUCGUUCAAGCUUUUGGCAAUCGUUUCGUUUCCGGUCGCAGUAGUUAAAACCGGUAUCUCCGUCAUACACGGCUUCGUAGCGAGUUGCAAUAUCGGAGUAAUCGACGUGGCCGAAAGGGCUGCUCAACGGGAGCGUGAGGCAAAUAAGAAGCCACAGUAAAGCAAUGAGUUUUCAACGCGUAUCCAGAUGUUAAGCGAAGUUCUCUGACAAGCUGAAAGAACUUCCUGGCAGCUAAGAGCAUUAAAAAUGCUUGCCUCGUUUGACGACUUAAGGACGGUCGGAAGGCUGAUUUCUCCGAUCUUGCGAUCUCCGCUUGGUUUGUCGUAGAAUUCUAACAAUUAUGUGUCCAGCCUCGUGUGUCUCUGUUCGAAUUCCAAACUAUGCCAAAGUGAAUCGUUUUAAGUGUUUCGUCGUAUGUUACCACAAACAUGUCGUAAUCAAACCUGUUAGCACAGUCGUAGCCCUUUUGCGACGAUAGGGAACUGCACCUGAACUGCAAUGUAAUGCGCAAGUAAAAGACGCACGGUAACAAAAGUAUGGAGAGGUUUGCGAAUAGAAGGCAGCUAGCUUAACGGCACAUUCCGGUUAAAUUUGUAUCAACGACUACAAAUAACUGCACGAGUCUAACGAACUAUUCUUGACAGGCAAGCUUAAAAGUCCUGCAUAAUCAGAAAAACUACCUAUAACUUUGUUUAACGGUAAAUUACCUCGAUCCCAAACGACUAAAAAGUACAAUCGCCCUAUGGCUUCAUGGAAACAAAGGAUAAAACUCACAGCAACAGUAGACUCAGACCACAUUAACACACAUUGAUUGUAUUGUCACAUUUUUAGUUCGUUUCAGCAAAGGCUCACUUGAUGUGAUUCGAGCACUGAACAAUGAAUGUAUGAAUAGUACUAGAAAAAGAAUCUAAUGUCUAGUGUAGAAACCUUUAGAAACAACGUGGUUGAACUCCAGUGUCUAAUAAAUAAAUCCUACAACAUAGCUGUUGAA